UUCUAUGGCGACUCUGAUGCGGUGCAGCCGAAGUAGGCAAAGAAGUAGUGGAGUCGUCCGGAGUCGCCCCUCCACCGCGCAUGUGCUUUUGGUGUAGGCCGGCCGCACUCUUUGAGUCUGCUCAUCUGUUGCGUGUUCCCUCUCCGCAACCCUUUGGAGGCAGUUUGGAAGAUCCCACGCGUUGAGCCGGAGUGCCCUCAGGCCGCAUGGAGGCCGUUCAGUCGGCCCUUCGAGUGAACAAAGAUGGAACAGAAGAUAUUUUGCAACACGAUAACUUCUCCCAUGGAGAAACUCAAAUGCACGUUGAAUCAGAGUCUGCUCUUGGUUAUGAAGGUGACGGAGAAAGAGAGACAAAAGAUUAUGAAGAAGAAAGUAAUGAACAGGAGUAUAUAUUUGGAGAAGAUGAUGUGAACAACAAUCAGAUCGAAUAUAAAACUGGUGUUCAAGAGUGGCCAGAUGGUUCCAGCUAUAAAGGAGAAUUUGCGUUUGAUCUAAAACUUGGGUAUGGAGAAUUUGAUUGGGACAAUGGAGAGAGAUAUGUAGGGCAGUUUUAUAAAGAUCAUCGUCAUGGCAAAGGGGUUUACUUUUGGCCUGAUGGCUCAAAAUUUUCAGGGUCAUUUUACCUUAGUCGUAAAGAAGGCUAUGGGAUAAUGGAAUUUAAUGAUGGGAAAAGAUUUCAGGGUCUUUAUAAGACUGAUGAACGCUUUGGACCAGGGAUUGAAACCUACCCAGAUUAUAUUCAAGAUGUUGGUUUGUGGCAUCGAAGUCACCUAAUUAAACUGUGCACAGAAAUACCUAGUUAUUUUACUCUUUCAGCUUUUCCAGAACUCAGCAUUUAUUUUGAUGCUGAGUCUAGUACGGAGUAUAUUUCAGAUGACAGAGGUAAAAUGUGGGAUCUGACUGAGGAAAAGGACCCAUUUUUCUACAACUUUAAGCGUCUUCUUUUAAAUGACGACAGCUACACUUUGCCUGAAGACAUGUACAUAUACUCAAUUGAUGCAGAACACCUUCCACUUACUCACACCUUCCUGGACGAGUUUGAUUUUCAGUAUUUUAAGAAAAGAAAAUGGUUGGCUUAUGAAGAACGUUGGCCUAUCACCAAUAUAACUCCUUUUCUUAUCAAGAUGCAGAAACACAUCUAUAAAUAUAGGCAUUGUCAAAAGGACGUAGACUGGGAUGUUAAUCUUGUUCUGGAAGGUCAACGGAGUGGUUUUGGACAGAAAGGUCCUAAAGAAUGUGCUUCUGAGGAAUUGAUUGAGAAAUCAGAAGAAGGAGACUACGAUAGAGUUUAUGAGAUUCUUAGGGACAGCCUGGCCCAUCCAGACAUAGCAGAUGUACAUGGAUAUACUGCCCUUGCUGCGGCUGCUAUGAAUUUCCACAAUGACAUCAUCAACCUCCUUCUUGAUAAUGGAGCUGAUGUGAAUAAAUGCAGUGAUGAAGGGUUAUCAGCAUUGUCUAUGUGCAUUAUCCAUUAUUUCCCAGUUCAGUCAUUUAAAGCCAAUAUUGCGGAAAGGAGCCCCAUUCAGAAAGAGUCAGAAGGCACUCCAGAAGAGAUUUCUUCAAGAUCUCCAUCCAUAUCCCAGAAAUCGGAGGCAUUUCUGCUAUCUCCAGAUAGUCCUGAAAUCAGGUUAUCCUCUCCUACUGCCCCUACAUCGCCUGCAGUACCUUCUGAGAAGGCAGAAUGUGGCAAGGAAAUGGAGGCAAGGUCAUCGGAGGAAACAGAGUGUAGUCUUGGUGAAAAGGGUUCUGGGACAAUCUGUGGCGUUUACAACUAUAAGAUUAAGUUUUCUGUGGAAAUCAUGAAGCGUGGUGCAGAUGUGCUUAGUCACCAUAUGCUAAAAGUACCUGACUUCCGCAACAGUAAGGAGAUUAUUCAGCAUGACGGCAUUCUGAGACGAUUGGCAGAAUCAAUAACAGAACAGAAAAAGAGAAUGGCUACAAUCAAAUUGCUCCUGAAAAGAGGUGCAGAUCCCAAUAUGUGCAUCAUCCCUAUGUAUGUCCUUUUCUUUGCUGUUAAAGCUGCAGAUGCAAAAAUAGUGAAAUUACUUCUAGAAGCUGGAGCAAGAACUGAUAUACGGCUGCCAACUAAGCUUGGAGGUGUAACUCCUCUUCAUAUCGCUGUUGCCCUUCCUAUUGAUGAAGGGGUUGAAAUAACAGAACUACUGCUUCAUUCGGCUACAGACCCAGACGUAAAGGCAGAAGAUGAAAAUGAUGUGUUCAAGCUAGACAUACCUCCUGAGAAUGAGGUUGCAGAAGCACCAUCUAUGAUCAAAAUGUUCAAUGAAACUGGCCCACCUAAAAUGUAUUACAGAGAAUGCACCAUUAAACCUGAGGAAGGUGGGAGAACUCCUCUUCAUAUUGCUUGUGAAAGGACAGAUAAUUUUAGGAAUGCAGCUCAAAUUGUUCGCCUUCUUUUAGAACACAGUGCAAACCCAAAUGUCCUGUGGAGUGGCCAUUCCCCUCUUUCACUGGCUAUUGCUACUGGAAAUGAUCAGGCAGCGGUUGAACUUCUAGCUGGUGGAGCUGAUCCAAAUCUCCGGUUAAGCCAGGCUAUUGGAAGUGCCUUGUGUGCUGUUACUAAUCCUGCAUAUGAACAAAAUCGAUCAUUUCUAAACAAAAUUACUUUGAUUAAUACUCUACUAGCAGCCGGUGCAGAUAUGUUAAUGCCGAUUACUAUUGGGGACGAGACAAGAAAUGCAGUGGGAACAGUAGUGGACUAUACACAUAAUAAAUACUACCAGGAUAAAAGAAUGCUACAUACUCCCUACCAUGCUCUUUCCCCAAUAGAGCGGGAAAAUUAUAGCUCUCGUCGAAAAUUGCUUGAGUUUCUGAGUGAUAAGCUUCGGGAGGCUGUCAUCGCAAAAGAAAAGCAAUGGGACAAAGAGGAACUUCGUAAAAUCAAGUUUGCAACGAAAAGGAAAUCUACAGUGGGAGGAGGACUCUUGUCAGAAAUAGAUGCAUCAAAGCUGCCCUUCUUUAAAUAUUGCUACCACUGUGGGCGAUCAGUUGGUGUGAAUCUCGUACCUUGCGCACGCUGUUUUGAAACCUACAGCUGCAGCAAGUCCUGUAAAUUGAAGUCUUGGAAUGAACGUCAUAAACGAGAAUGUCUACAGGCAGAUGAUGGAUCGCCAGUUGAGUCUGAUGACGAAUUCCAAUCACAGGUGUUAUCGCGGCUGCGUAAGCAAAAAGGCAGAGGAACUUCCCCAUCGAAAAAGGGAAAAGAAAGCAAGGAGGCAGCACUCGGCAGACAUAAAAAAACGUUGGAUGAGAGAAAGCUACAAGAAGAGAAGUUCAAAGGAGACGGGUCCCGACGAAAGCUUGAGAAGAGUAGCAGUGUGGCAGAUCUCCCUUAUACCGGAAAUUAUAGUUACAUUUAAAUGCCGUUGCUUUGUCCUGAUGUAAUUAGGUUUGGGAAAUGCUAUAUAAGGAAGGUAGGAAAAGAUACCAAGAAGGUAAAACUGGAGCAGUCUUAUUGUAUAUGCUGAAAACCACUUACUGUGGUUAUAAAGCAAUGCCCAGUAAUCCCAUUCAUGGAUUAAGUACUGAAAUGUCCAGCUUUCCAAAGUCAAUUCGAUACAGUUAUGAAACAAAUCCUUUUCACAUUGUAAAAAAGAAGAAGAAAUGUAUCAACAGUUCACCUGACAUUGGUUAGGGAUUCUGUGGUGUCUUCUAAAGCAGGAGUAUAGGAUUGGAAAGGUCUCCUGUAUUUUUCAACCACUGUGCUAUCUCCCUAGUUAUUCAACCUUUUGGCAUGAUAUUAUAUAUAAAUAGGGUCAUCUGUUCUUGGUUGUUGUGAUAGUCACUAUAACAGACUUUGCCUGACAACUGGAGAUACAUUUCCCUGGAAAUACAAGGUGGUUGUCUUUUUUCUCUUUGUGUUCCAAGUUGCGCAGUCAAGAAUACCUAUGUAGUGGUUCUCAACCUAUGGAUCCCCAGGUGUUUUGGCCUACAACUCUCAGAAAUCCCAGCCAGUUUACCAACUGUUAGGAUUUAUGGGAGUUGAAGGCCAAAACAUUUGGGGACCCAUAGGUUGAGAACCACUGACCUAUAGAGAUGUAACUAUUUUUGAUUGAAAGUACAUUUGAACAGAAAGUGGGUGGGAGAGAAUUUUUUGUAGAUUCUGUAGGGAUAUAAACAGAUCUGAUCCAGUAAGGUCCUAGGCACGUUCCGUUCCCAGUCCUUAAUCCUGUGAAUUUUAUUGACUUCAGGAUCGAAACCCUGCAAUAUGAAAUACCAGGUUUGAAAGCUCUGUGCUUUAAAUUCUCUACCAGUAUGAGAGACAUUACAGAAGUUCAUUUGAAAAAAAUUGAUAAGUGUUAUUGUGUUGUCAAAGGCCUUCAUGGCUGGAAUCACUGGGGUGUCGUGUGGUUUCUGGGUUGUAUGACUGUGUUCUAGUAGCAUUUUUUUCUGAUAUUUCACCUAUAUCUGUGGCUGGCAUCUUCAGAGGAUCCUCUGAAGUUGCCAGCCACAGAUGCAGGUGAAAUGUCAGGAAGAAAUGCUUCUAGAACAUGGCCAUACAGCCCGGAAACCACACAACACCCCAGUGGUAUUAUUGGUUGAAGCCAUUAUUUUUAAGAGUGGGCUCAGCAUGUAUGCUGCCUCAGCAAAUGUGGAUUGAUGACCUGUGCAGUUACUGGUCCCACUGAUCAAUGCGUGGGGUCAGCAUGCUUCUUUAUGUUUGCAACUGAGUGUUAAACAAAGUGAGCCUAGAAUUUCUGGACCACAAACUAACAGAGUUGUCACGCCGGAGCCUGCUGAUUGUGGUCCCAAAAUGGGCAAGCAUGUUGUUUUGUGUCUUAUAAUGCAAUACAUGUUAAAUGUUGCAAAAUAAAAAUGCAUUUAUGAAA